UGAACAUCGUCAAAACCAGCGCACCUGGUGCCCUAUCCCUUCAAGUCCCCUGACCGAUACCUCUAGUGAGACUUCUACGUUACUUUAAUGCCAUUAAUGUCAUCACCGAAGUUCACCUAUGGCAUCGUCGCCAAGCAGUAUCAGGAGACUCCUGCAUAUUUGAAGAAGAUUGGCUACAAAAACCCUACGGACGAGACGAACCCUGCAUUCCACUAUGCCUUUGGCACCAAAGUUCAUCCCUAUCAGUAUAUGGUUGAUCAUCCCGAGCAUCUAGGUCACUUUAAUAGUUAUGUGGCUCUCCGCCGCCAGUCCGAGCUCUCAUGGCUAGCGGUAUACCCGGUCCGUGAAGAGGUCGCUGGCCUCACCGAUCCAGAGCGACCUCUGUACGUCAAUGUCGGCGGUGGCAUCGGCCACCAGUGCGCGUAGUUUAAGCAGAAGUAUCCCGAUCUACCAGGUCGCGUCAUCCUAGAAGACCUGCCCGGCACCGUAGCGCAGGCGCUGACGACUCCUGGGGUGGAGAACCUGGCCCACGACU